AUGGGAGGUUCUCAGCGAUUGGCGACGUCACCUAUCCAGUGCUGGUGUCCCGCACAGUUUCCUGAUUUUCAGGUAGAAUACAUCAACAACUAUUGUUGGGUGCGGAAUACUUAUGUAGUGGAUUUCAAUGAAAGUUUAUCGACAGUUUCAAGCAUUAAGAAGACGAGGACAAUUAGAUAUUAUCAAUGGAUACCAUUGAUUUUGGUCUUUCAAGCCUUAUUUUUUUACGCGCCAAGAAUGUUUUGGCUAGCUUUCAGUGGAUAUUCUUCUUUAAAUAUAAAGAAGCUACUACGAAUGACCGACGAUAUAACGUUAUCACAUGGAAACACUAAACAGGAACUUAUUCAAGGGACCGUUCAGGAUUUACAAAAAUAUCUCAAAAUUCGAAAUUGUCUUAACAUACAGUACAAAACAUGGGAAGAACCGCGGGAACUUCUAGCAGCGUAUGGAUUCCACAAAGGAAACUUUUUGGUGCUUAUCUUCUUGAUGACAUCAUUGUUGUACGUUAUUUCAACGGUCGGACAAAUUGUAAUGGUAGAUAUUUUACUAGGGGUAGAUUUCAAAACUUUAGGUUUCGAUGUCUUGUCACGUGUUUAUAACGAUAAAGCAAUUUCCGAUUACAGAAGAUUUCCUACCGUAACCUUUUGCGACUUUGAUAUAAGACAUAUGACAAAUAUACAAACCUGGACUGUCCAAUGCUCGCUGCCAAUUAACCUUUUCAGUGAGAUGAUUUUUAUAACCGAUUGGUUCAUUCUGGUGUUUAUGACAAUCAUAAACGCAAUAUACUUUUUAUACCAUCUUGUGUCAACAGUACUGCCAUAUCGGGCAGAAAUCUAUAUUCGAAAAUUUAUGGAAGUAGACGGAGAGCGUGCUUCAAAAUAUCAGAAAAUUCCUGAACACGAACUUGAAAAACAAAGGGAUUUUAUCCAUUGUUACCUGCGAAGGGAUGGUGUUUUUCUGAUAUGGUUGAUGAGCAAUAAAGUAAAUCAUGUCGUAGCUGGGGAAAUAGUCAACAAUUUGUGGAAGAACUAUCGAUCAGAAUGA